AUGACGGCAACAGAGGCCGAUGUCGAGGCUCAGAAGCCCGCCAGCAAGGCCAACUACUUCCACCUUCUCUUCGACCAGGCCGGCGUCACCCCGGCCGUUGUCGACCGCAAGUACCCCGGCGAGGGCACCCUUGAGUCUCCCUUCGUCGUCGAUUUCCUCCCCGAGGAUCCUCACAACCCCCAAACAUUCGCCACGUCGAAGAAGUGGACGUACACCAUCCUGCAGGCCAUCGCGACUUUCGCCGUUGCGUUCGUAAGUACAGCUUACUCUGGCGGCAUUGCUGAGGUCAUUCGCACCUUCGGCGUCUCUACUGAGAUCGGCAUCUUGGGUGUCUCACUCUUCGUUGUUGGUUUCGCUGUUGGCCCCUUGCUGUGGGCUCCCCUGUCUGAGCUGUAUGGCCGUCAAUACCUGUUCAUCGGCACUUACAUCUGCCUCACUGCCUUUAACGCUGGUGCUGCCGGCGCUCAGAACAUCGAGACGCUCAUCAUCCUGCGUUUCUUCGCCGGUGCCUUUGGCUCUUCGCCCCUGACCAACGCUGGUGGUGUUAUUGCCGACAUGUUCAGCGCCUCGGAGCGUGGUCUGGCUACUGCCAUCUUCGCUGCAGCCCCUUUCCUUGGUCCUUCAGUUGGUCCCAUUGUUGGUGGCUUCCUUGGUGCCGCCGAGGGCUUCCGCUGGAUUGAAGGCCUGAUGGCCAUCUUCACCGGUGUCCUCCUUUUCGUUGUCGGCCUUACCGUCCCCGAGACCUACGCCCCCGUCCUCCUCCGUCGCCGCGCCGAGAAGCUCGAGAAGAUGACUGGCAAGCACUACGUCUCCAAGUACGAGGCUCACCAGCCCCGCAAGACCGUUGCACAGCAGUUCAAGGUCGCCCUUUCUCGCCCCUGGAUUCUCCUCUUCAAGGAGCCCAUCGUCCUUCUUACCGCCAUCUACAUGGCUAUCGUCUACGGCACACUGUACAUGCUCUUCGCCGCCUUCCCCAUCGUCUUCCAGCGCGGCCGUGGCUGGUCUCCCGGUGUCGGUGGCCUCGCUUUCCUCGGUGUUGCCGUGGGCAUGAUCGCUGCUGUUAUCUACACCGGUUUCGAUAACCGCCGCUACGCCAAGGCUGCUAAGGCCGCCGGCGGUUUUGCUCCCCCUGAGGCCCGUCUCCCGCCUUCCAUGGUCGGUGGCUGCCUCCUUCCCAUCGGUCUUUUCUGGUUCGCUUGGACCAACGGCCCCGAGAUCCACUGGAUUGUCUCCAUCAUCGCCUCCGGCUUCUUCGCCGCCGGCCUCGUCCUGGUCUUCCUGUCUCUACUCAACUACCUCGUUGACUCGUACGUCGUCUUCGCCGCCUCUGUCCUGGCCGCCAACUCCGUCAUGCGUUCCCUCUUCGGCGCUGCCUUCCCGCUUUUCACCACUCAGAUGUACGAGAACCUCGGCAUCCACUGGGCCUCGUCAAUCCCCGCCUUCCUCUCUCUUGCCUGCUUGCCCUUCCCCUUCCUCUUCUACAAGUACGGCCACAUCAUUCGUGCCAAGUGUUCGUUUGCUGCGGAAGCCGCCGCUGUCUUGGAGCGCAUGCGCAAGACCCAUGAGGAGGUCAACGAGGAUGAGGCUAUGGAGGAGGAGCAGGAGAUGAAGCGUGAGCGCACCCUUGAGCGCCAACGCACCAAGGAGCAGCGCCAGCGCGCCAAGUCCAAUGCCGCUGCCCCUGGCGGCGUCUUGUCCGAAGCGAAGGCUGAGGAUGAGAAGGCCGCCCCCACGGCGUAG